AUGUCUCGCUACGCCGAAGCUCACGUCUCCCCACAAGGCCCUGGUGAUGCCAGACCAACCGCCCUCCAGGUCGUCCAGGACGAAGGAAUGACCGACAAGCUCAAGGGCAAAGUCAUCGUCAUCACCGGUGUCUCAUCCGGCAUUGGCAUCGAGACCGUCCGCGCCCUGUCCACCACAGGAGCCUCCUUCUACCUCACCGGCAGAGAUCUCACCAAAGCCAAAGAUGCGCUUGGAGACAUCUUUGAGCCCUCCCGCAUGAAACUCGUCGAGAUGGACCAGACCUCACUCAAGAGCGUCCGAGCUGCGGCAGAGACCAUCUUGGCAGGUACUGACAAGAUUAGCAUCCUCGUUAACAAUGCUGGCAUCAUGGCCAUUCCCGACUUGCAGCUCACGCAAGAUGGCCACGAAAUGCAAUUCGGCGUCAACCACCUCUCUCAUUUUCUCUUCUUCCAGCUUCUCAAGCCUGCUCUCCUCGCUGGUAGCACUCCUGAAUUUGCCUCCCGCGUGGUCAAUGUUGCUUCUUCUUCUCACCGUUUGUGCGGUAUCCUCGCCUCGGACAAUUACAACUUCCAAAAGGGCGGUUACGACAGAUGGGUUUCCUACGCCCAGUCCAAGACGGCAAACGUCUACAUGGCCAAUCAAAUUGAGCGUCUGUAUGGCGCUCGCGGCCUUCACGGGCUGAGUCUUCAUCCCGGAUACAUCGCCACUGGUCUGAUGCGGUACGUUUCCGAAGAGGAUACCAAGGCCAUGGUGGCGUCGAUUAGUCCCGAGAUUCUUCAGGGGAGGAAGAGCCCUGAACAAGGUGCUGCGACGCAGGUGUGGGCUGCGAUUGGUAAGGAAUGGGAGGGCAAGGGGGGAAAGUAUCUGGCGGAUGUUGCGGUGGCGAAGCCUGGACCGGAUGAUCAUGAUAUGACGAGCGCGUUGACUGCGGGUCAUACGUAUAAUGCGGAGGAGGAGGCUAGGCUUUGGAAGGACUCGCUGAAGAUUGUUGGGUUGGAAGAUGUUGAGUAG